AUGCCGGCAAGUCAGCGAGUGUAUUUCCAUGCAGGGGAGGCCAUGCUAUCCGAGAAAGCAAGACCCUGGAUCUUGCGCCCGUCAUCGAAGCCACGACUCAUAUGGGACAUCUUGGCCCUGGUGGUUAUUGUUUAUGACCUCGUUUCGGUCCCACUGCAGGUUUUCCACCUGAGUUCAUCGCUACUGGAUGUCCAGAGGGCCCUGCAAAUCUUCACUACUCUGUUCUGGUUGCUUGACAUCCCUACCAACUUUCUGACGGCAGUCUACGUGAACGGUGCGCUGCAAUUGGAUUACAGGAGCAUCGCCCGGGCAUAUGCUCGCUCUUGGCUAUGUUUUGACAUAUUGGUUCUGAUCCCGGACAUCGUGACAAUACUGGAGGGAGAUAUGGAUUCGGAUUCUGCGGCCAGCACAGACAGCAUAGGCCUCCUUCGAGCAGUGCGGGCUGGCCGUUUACUUCGAUUGGUGCGGUUCCUGCGCUUGCUGAGGUUGGCAAAGCUCCUGCAGGUGCUUCAGGUGCUUUCCUCGAGAAUCAACCACGAGUUGGUGUUGGUGCUGUUCAACAUUGCGAAGAUGACUUUUCUGACCGCUUAUCUGGGCCAUCUGCUCUCCUGCAUCUGGUUUGCUGUUGGUGACGUCCAGGACGGCUGGGUCUACACCAAGGGCCUAAAUGGAGCUUCAGUGGAGAUGCAGUAUCUGACCUCCCUUGAGUGGGCUUUGUCUCGUAUUCAUCCCUCCGCCAUGCAGAGCAACAUGUCUCUACAAACUGGUCCAGAACGAGCUUUGGCUAUUGCUGCCAGCUUUCUCGCGCUGGGGGUCUCCUCCAUCUUCAUUAGCAGCAUCACCAACACUAUGGCCGACAUUGGCCGCGAGCGCCAGCGGAAGAAGCAGAUUCUCCUCUCAGUGCGAGAGUAUUGCGGUUCACAUCGUAUUUCCUCCGGCCACACGCUUCGCAUCAAGAAGUACGUGGAGCGCGAACAUCAUCGGAAGAAAUCAAGGCAGUUGCACUUGGAGUUGUUGGAGACCUUGCCGCAGGACAUGCUCUUUGAGCUCUUCCAUGAGGGACGCAGCCAAGCAUUGCAGCACCAUUCCCUGUUCGACCAGCUGGGUCGGAUCGAUCCUGUAAUGGAGCUCAACUUCUGCAACAAGGUUGUCACGGAGCUUCAUGUCAUCGCUCUGGACAAGGUGUUCAAAUCAGGUGACACUGGCAAGGCCAUGUACAUUCCUGCUACCGGGCAGUGCUACUACGAGUACCUGCCGCCAGACCUUCCAACAGCCCCCGCACCGCAGACAAAGCGCAGCAUAGUGAGCCAGUUCAUUCGGAGGCUGAGUCUGAGAAGUCUCGAGUCUAAAGUGGCGCCGACGGAUGCGGCCACUAUCAGCCCUGUGUGGCAGAACGAGUGCUUGAGCGAAUGCUCUUUGUGGGUGCACGGAUGGAAGCAUAGAGGCAACUUGCAGGCCGCAUCAGAUGGCAGACUGAUCACCGUGCAGGUGAACAAGUUCGGCGAGUUCUUGCAAGAUUUUCCGGGAACGCUAGUGGACACGGUGGUGUACGCUCGCUUUUACAUGGACGCGCUGAACAAGCACUUGAUCAUGGGAGAGCAAUUACCGACUUGCCUCUUCCAGGAUCUGAAAGGGAGGAGACCUCGACAUCCUGGCACGUGA